UCCUCUCUCUCUCUCUCCUCUUUCUCUUCUUCUCUUCUCCUUCUCUUCCUCCUCAACAGUCUUUCGUUAUUCCAUACUUUGCGCUCGCUCGUUACUCGCUUCUUUCGGGCUCUCAAAAAGUAAACCUAACGUCUGUCUCUACAUCAAUCACAUCUACUGUCAAGAUGAAGUUCAACAGCGCUCUCGCUCUCUCCUCCCUUCUGGUGCUCGCCGUGGCCCAGGACACCAACUCUACCUCCACUGCCAGCGCUGCCACUGCGACUGCCAGUCUGUCUGCUCAGGCCAAGUGCGCCGAGUCCUGCGCCUCCAGCGACAUCUGCUGCAUUGCCAAGUGCUACAAUGUCCCCUGCCCCAACGACUCUCAGGCCAACGACACCACCAGCUGCGUUGCUGCCUGCCCCCAGGGUAACGGCUCCACCAGCGACACCGACGCCUACGCCAGCUGCCAGAGCCGUUGCGUGAGCAGCUACUUCUGGUCCAGCGCUACUGCUACCGCCGGCUCCUCCGCCAGCACCGCCAGCUCCAACGAUGGUACCACCACCACCGGCAGCGGCAGCAAGUCCUCCUCCACUGGUUCCAGCAAGUCCGGCUCCUCGGACUCGACCAGCACCGCCACCAGCACCGGCGCCUCCUCCAGCGAGACCUCCAACUCGGCCGCCAUCACUCAGUUGAAGAUGGGAGUCUCCACGGUCGGUCUAUUGGGCUUCGUCCUCGCCGCCUGGGCCCUGUAAAUCUCUCCCGCUUACAGAACGGAAGCGAGAUGUCACAGAAGCUUUUUCAAACCAGCAACGGCACACAAACUUUUUUGUCUUAGUACAUAUGGGAAAUUGAAUGAAUGAGGGCGGGCAGGAAGGGAAACAUGAUUAAUUUUAUUUUGCACUCUAAUGGGAUAUCACACUUCACACGCGCACACGCACACACACACACACACACACACACACACACACACACAGCAGCAGCAGCCUUUGUUUUGCUUCGUCUACUACUACUCUUGCACACACUUUGUUGACGUUGUCAUAAUAACUUACUACUACCUUGACUGUCUGUCACUAAUACUACCCAC